AAAAGUAGCAUCCAUUGACGCUUCGCCAAGAGAUACUUGGCAAUUGUGAAUUCAACAACGCCUUUGCCAGCUUACUGGAAUUUGCUGAAUCACUUUCGGGAAGUCGGGCUCCCACUGCAAAGCUCCGACGUACAGACCCGCCGACCUGGCUCGCGCGAGGGAAAAGGCCGACCUCGCCGCUCAGGCGGUGAGGAUGAUCCACGGCCAUGCUCCCGGUGCCGGCAACGGUCCUGAUGGAGGACCUUCAAGCUCGGCCGUCCUGGACUCAGCCCUAGACGCCCUGCGAGGCUUGGGAGGAAGCAGUCCCGGCAAUGAUCCGUCCAUCUCGCAAAUAUCCUCCUUUCUCGUUACGCUUCUUUCUGAUGCGCCCGCAGAGACACCUCUUCUCGAGAGGUUGCACCGCCGGGCGCUGGUGAAGGCUGUCAUCGAUGGAGUGGGACCCGAUGCCUUCACGCAGAUCCUGCAUCAUGCGCUUCCCAAUUUGAGACUGCACCCUUCGAGGACGACUGCGGAUCUUUUGAUGGACAUCGGUCCCAACGGCGUCGUCAACACCGAAGUGGUGCGGGCCAUUCUGGCUCGAUUUGGCUUCACAGAAUCAUCGGCUCCCUCGGAAGAUGCGAUAGCCGAGAUUCUUGCCGGGCUCCUCUCCACACCGGGUGAUCAGCUCGGUGGCCUGCCGCCGACGGACAUGACGAUGCUGGUCCAGGGCAUCACCACAUUUUCGCGCUUCGUCAGCUGGGCCCGUAUCAUUCACAGCCUUGACGAGCCAGAGGGUCUCGUCAUCGCCCACGAUGUCAGAUGGGACUCUUUCGCCCGUGCAAUCCUCGCUGCGCCCCAGGACGGCCACUUUACGGCCAUUUCCGGUCUAUGGGGCGCUUGGGCCCACCGAAUUCGACAGCUCCAGAUCCUCAACGGCCUCCUCUCGGUCGAGCCAGAGCUCUUCACCUUUGUCAUGUUGCCCGGUCGCCGUGUCGUCACAGUCGACGAGGUAGCCUCGGCCAACAACACGGUCAAGAGCCAGGCAGCAAAUGUCCAAGACAGCACUUGGAACGCGCUCGACCUCAUUGAGACAAUGGUUCAGGUGGCCGAUUGGGAUGAGGGAGACGUCAGGCAGGCUGUCGCUGCGCUUCUCGAAAAAGCCGUCAAGGCCAACGCCGACUUAGUCCUCAUGGGUCUCAUCCAGGUCCCGCGGCCCUGGAACGCAAUCCACAACGAGCUGGUGACGAAGCUGCUGGCCAUGUUCCUUGGCGGCCACUCAAGUCACCAGCUCGUUUUCUACCGCAUUUGGCAGCUCAACCGCAACUUUCUUCUCAACGCGCUUCGCAACUACUAUCAGGAGAAUCCGAGGAACGUCGCCCGCGUCCUGGAUGUGGCACAGGAGCUCAAGGUGCUCGAUACGGUUCUCGACCUUGGGCCCUUCUUCUUUUCUCUUGAGGUGGCAGCUCUGGCCGCUAGGCGCGAUUUCCUCAACCUGGAGAAAUGGCUGCAGGACAACAUCCAAAGGAACGGAAACGAGUUUAUCAGGGCCGCUCUGGAGUUUCUGGAUUCAAAGAUCAAGGACGAUCUCUCGAAGCCAGAUCCCAACGCCGAGUCGACAUCGAUGCCGCUCACGGUGCAGAGCGUUGCCCUGUUUUUGCGGGUGCUGCGUUCCAAUGGCGACAGUAUGACGCCCGAGGAGAUUGACUUCUUCAAGGUGGUUCGCAACCUCUGUCUCCAGCUUCAUCCUCGUCUGAUGAAUCUUGCGCCUGGCACCGAAGGACAGGAGCCUGGCCUGCAAGUCGUCACGUUCCCACAAGACGUCCAUAAAGAGACAGAUGGAUACUACCGGCAAAUGUACGAGGGUCAAAUCAGCAUCGAGGAUCUCAUCAGCCUGCUUCAGCGGUCCAAGGUGUCGGAGGACCCCCGGGACCGACAGAUCUUUGCAUGCAUGGUUCACACACUCUUUGACGAAUACCGGUGUUUUGAGAUGUACUACCCACCGAAGGAGCUCGGCAUGACGGCCGUUGUCUUCGGCUCACUCAUUCAGCACCAGCUCAUUGAUUUUAUUCCUCUGGGAAUCGCCAUUCGCUAUGUUCUGGACGCCCUACGAAGCCCUCCCGACUCCAACAUGUUCCAAUUUGGCCUGCAAGCACUUCUUCGCUUCGAAGAGCGCCUGCCGGAAUGGCCUCAGCUGGGUCAGGCCCUUAUGUCGCUACCGAUUGCCCAACAAGGACACCCUGAGAUCGCAAGGGUCGUAAGGGAUGCCAUGCAGGGUAAUGGAGCGACCAACGGAAAUGGCCAACAGCAAGUCAACGGCAUCGUGGCUACUCGCGGAGAGGAACCUAAAGUCCCCUUCACGGCCAUCAACGUCGAUCCCUUGCAUCACGAAAUGGAGCCAUCAGACCCCGACGAAGACACUUCAGACAAGCUCCUCUUCAUUGUCAACAAUCUCUCACCGAGCAACAUCGAUGCCAAGCUGGGCGAUGCGCGCAAACUUCUGAAGCCGGAGCUUUACCACUGGUUCUCCUCGUAUCUUGUCUUGCAGCGUAUCAGCAUCGAGCCCAACAACCAUGGUCUCUAUGCCCAGUUCCUCGACGGCAUCAACGCCUCCUCGCUCUUUCGUCACGUCCUCCACGAAACAUACGCGAAGGUCAAGAUGCUCCUCAACUCGGAUAAGACGGUGCAGUCUACAACAGAGCGUACUCUGCUCAAGAAUCUAGGAUCUUGGCUUGGAGGAUUGACGGUGGCUCGCAACAAGCCCAUCCGUCAUCGCAACAUCGCCUUCAAGGACCUCCUGAUCCAGGGUUACGACAGCAAUCGCCUGAUCGUUGCGAUUCCCUUUGUAUGCAAAGUCUUGGAGCAGUGCUCGCGCUCCACCAUCUUCUCGCCGCCCAACCCUUGGCUGCUGGCCGUCCUUCGGCUCCUCGUCGAGCUUUAUCAAUUUGCUGAGCUCAAGCUAAACCUCAAGUUUGAGAUCGAGGUACUUUGCAAGAGCCUCAAUAUUGAUCUCAAGGAUAUCCAGUCAACGACGAUUCUUCGGACGCGGCCCCAAGAGCUAGCGGCUGCCCAGAUGCAGCAGGUACAGCAACAACAGCAGCAGCAACAGCAACAACAGCUUCAGGCUCAACAAAGACAGCUUCAGCAGCAGCAGCAGCAACAGCAGCAGGUGCAAGCGCAACAGCAAGCUGCCGCCAUUCUUCAAGGUCGCGGCGGCAUGCAGCAGCAAGGCGGAGGUGGUGCCUUGGCUCAGGACCUCGAGCGACUCUCAAUGGGUGGAAGCGGAUACCCUGGCGCUCAAGGGGCUGCAGCAUCGAGGCCUCAAGGUGCUCUGUUGGCCGGGUCCGGCAGUGCAGGAGGCUUGGGCGCCGCCACCAAUGCUGCUGGCGGCGGUAAUGCAUCGGCGGUCGCCUCGAUGGCUGUCGCGGAGACCAUGAACUCGAUGCUGCAAAGCUUGCCCCACUACCUCGUCUUCAGUCCUCAGGCCGCGAUCUUUGCCAGCAACAACGCUCUCAAGCGUCUUGUCUGUGGCGCAAUCGAGCGCGCUAUCCGCGAGAUCAUUGCGCCUGUUGUCGAGCGAUCCGUUACGAUCGCAUCGGUGUCGGCACGAGAGCUCAUCACCAAGGACUUUUCGAUGGAGAGCGACGAGAACAAGAUGCGCAAAGCAGCCCACCAGAUGGCUCAGAGCUUAGCAGGCAGCUUGGCUCUCGUGACGUGCAAGGAACCUCUUCGGUUGAGCAUGUUCAAUAACGCCAAGCAGCUUUUGCUCUCUAACGGCUUCACCGAACAGACCUUACCCGAGCAAGCCUUGCUUCUCGUCAUUGGAGACAACCUCGAACUGGCCUGCUCUGUCGUCGAGCGAGUCGCUAUGGCAAAGGCCAUUCCGGAAAUUGACGAAGGCCUGGCCAAUGCCUACGCUUCUCGUCGCGAGCAUCGACAGCGCGGAAGAGGCUAUUACUGGGAUGCAGCCGCUCUCACCACCUCUCAGUACGCCGCAACACUGCCCGACCUUCUUCGGCUCAAGCCUGACGGACUUCAGCCCCAGCAAAUGCGUGUCUACGAGGAGUUCGACAAGAUUCCUCGGGCUUCGCCUACGACUGAGCCGGCACCUGCACUGGUUGGCCCCAAUGCCGCUGGCUCGCCCUCAUUGGCCCAUAUGCCUGACGCUGCGGUUUCUUAUGGAGUAGGUGCGCCUUCUGCCAUGGCUGUUGCCGGUGCUGGUGGCGAGCAGGCGCACCUUGAAGGCCAGAUGUUGAGCCGUCAGCAGAGCCUGGACAAGUUUACCGAGUGCAUCAGCGAGCUGGAACGGCUGCUGCAGCAGGAGCACCAGGAGCAGCAUGACCAAACAUUGGCUACGUUACCUCCCAACCACGAGAUUCGCCUGGUCGCUCGUCAGGUUCCCAUCUUGGCGGCGCAAUCGGUGUCGCGUGAUGAGACCGCCCUGGCUUUCUCGCAAAAGGUGGUCCAGCUCCUUUACAAGACCGACUCAGACCUGGGGAGGGAGAUCUACGUGAUCCUCCUCGAAAGGCUCUGUGAGGUGUCGGUCAAAGUUGCAAAGGAGGUGACGGCUUGGCUUGUGUAUGCGGAGGACGAACGCAAGUUCAAUGUCGCCGUCACUGUCGGCCUCGUUCGCGCGGGCCUCAUCAACAUCGUUGAGCAAGAUGUGCAGCUGGCCAAGAUCGUCGUAAAAGAGUUCAAGCCUACCGUCGUUGAUUUCGCAUCCCAGUUUGCCUUGGCUUGCCUUGGCGAGCCGGCAUGCGCGACAAAGAGCCAGCUCAGCAACACCAUCGACGCGCUCACGCGGGCUGCUCAGCGUGGGAAGGCGACUGAUUCGGCGUCGCAGUUCCUCUCGGAGCUCGAAGGCGGUCAGCUCAAGAGCAAAACGGACAUUGGCAACUCUGCCUUGCGUGAGCAGCUCGCCUACUGCUUUGCAGAAUGGGUCCGCCUCUUCCAGCACUCUCCCAAUGCCGAGAAGUCCUUCAUCGAUUUCGUCACGCAGCUGCAAGAUCAGGGUAUCCUCAAAGGAGAGGAAAUUUCGUCAAUGUUCUUCCGCGUUUGCACCGAGGUGGGCGUCGACAGCUACAUCAAGCAAAAGGCAGCCGGAGGAUCGGUCGCCACGGGCAUCUAUGUGCCAAUCGACGCCUUCUCCAAGCUCGUCGUCUUGAUGAUCAAGUACCACGCCGAUCCGACGGGAACCAAUAACGAGCAGGCCAAGGUGCACUAUUUGACGAAGGUUCUUUCGAUUGUCGUCUUGGUCCUGGCGCAGUCGCACGAAGAGCUUGGUCCCCACUUCCAGCAGAAGCCCUUCUUCCGCUUCUUUUCGAGCCUGCUCCAUGAUCUGCACCAGGCUGAGCCGAGCUUGCAAACGACGUACCUGCAGUCGCUCUUGGCCGUCGGCAACACCCUCAAUACGCUCCAGCCCUCGUUCUUCCCCGGCUUCACCUUCUCGUGGAUGACGCUCAUCUCGCAUCGCCUCUUCAUGCCCAAAUUGCUUGCGAGCGGCCUGGUUGACGGGCUCUGGGAAGAGGGACGCUCUGAAGGAUGGGCGGCAUACCACCGCCUCUUUGGUUCGCUUCUGCGCUUCCUCAUGCCUUUCCUACGAACAGCCGAGCUCCGCGAGACGUCACGGAACCUGUACAUGGGCACAUUGAGGAUUCUCCUCGUGCUGCUACACGACUUCCCCGAGUUCCUCAGCUCCUUCCACGCCAGCCUGUGCGACCUGAUACCGACAUCGUGCAUCCAACUCAGGAACCUCAUUCUGAGCUCCUACCCGCGAGAGCAGUUCGGUGUGGCGGGUCUUCCCGAUGCCUUUACGCCUCGUCUCAAGAUUGAGGAGCUGCCUCAUGGGGACGAGUCGCCCAUCAUCCUCUCCGACUUCACCGGUGUCAUUGCGCAGCAGCCUGACGACUUCAAGGCUGCCUUGGAUGCCUACCUUGCCGAGGGCGGCCCAACGUCGUUCCUGUCUACGCUUCAGGAUGCCGUCGUAACGCAGGGCGAGUACAACACUCCCUUGCUCAACGCCAUCGUCCUGUACUCGGGCGUCAAGUCAAUGGAGCAGCAGGGACGCACUUCGGACGCGGGCUUCCAGGUCAUCGAGGGACUUCUGACGAGCCUUGACCCCGAGGGGCGGUACUUGACCGUGGGCGCUGUCUGCAACCAGCUCCGUGUUCCCAGCAAGCACACGGCCUACUACUCGUCGUUGAUCCUCAACCUGUUUGAGCGGCAUGAAGAGGUCCGUGAGGCCAUCUUGCGGGUUCUGGUGGAACGUGUCAUUGUCAACCGCCCCCACCCUUGGGGCUUGCUCGUGACGAUGUUUGCGUUGCUGCGAAACGAGGAAGGUCGCUACCCUCUGCCACCCAACUGCCCGCUGGACAUUGUCGAGCUUCUGCAGCACAUGCGCGAGGGCCUACCCGGCGGCAACCGCAGCGCUUCGGCGUCUGCCGAGGGAACUUACCAGCAGCAAUGGCUUCAACAACAAGAACAGGCUCAACCACCUCAUCAUCAGUUCGACCAGCAUCCUCAUCAUCAUCAACAACAACAACAACAACAAUCGCAACAACAACAGCUUUCUGCAUAGAUGUUUUCUUCUCUUGCUCUCCCUCUACUGUCUCUUUCCUUUUGUUGUCACGUCCCACGCUUUUCCCUUCUUACGUUGUUGAUGUCUCUUAAUCUCUCUGGUCUAUUCCUCAAAUGUCGAUCUUGUGUUGUCUUUUCUGCUUUUUUGUGCACGCCGCGAUCAGCGUCAGGGUGCAGUCACGCCACGCGGGCAAG